AUGGAUGGAGAAACAUCUUCUUCUCUCAGAGUCUCUGUUGAAGGUAACAACAGCUAUUCCUGUGCUGUUACAGGAUAUGAAGAUUACCGCUCUCCUCCAGUGUAUGGUCCAAAGCUUCCCUCUGUGUCAGUGAGUCCCUCUGCUGAGAUAGUGGAGGGCAAUUCAGUGACUCUGACCUGUAGCAGUGAUGCUAACCCAGCAGCUAACUACACCUGGUACAAGGAGAAUGAAGACAACCCUCUCAGUGAAGGACCACAGCUCGUCUUCAGCUCCAUCCAGUCCUCUGACUCGGGACAGUAUUUCUGUACAGCUGAGAACAUGUUGGGCAGGAGGACAUCUAGAUCCAUCUCUAUUGAUGUGAAAUAUGGUCCAAAGCUUACCUCUGUGUCAGUGAGUCCCUCUGCUGAGAUAGUGGAGGGCAGUUCAGUGACUCUGACCUGUAGCAGUGAUGCUAACCCAGCAGCUAACUACACCUGGUACAAGGAGAAUGUAUACAACCCUCUCAGUGAAGGACCACAGCUCGUCUUCAGCUCCAUCCAGUCCUCUGACUCUGGACAAUAUACAUGUAGAGCUAGGAACAGCCUGGGGCCUAACACAUCCAAACCCAUUUCUAUUAAAGUGAAAUAUGCUCCAAAGCUUCCCUCUACGUCAGUGAGUCCCUCUGGUGAAAUUGAGGAGGGCAGUUCAGUGACUCUGACCUGUCACAGUAAUGCUUAUCCAGCAGCUAACUACACCUGGUACAAGAAGAAUGGAAAUCCAGAACUUCAACCUCUCAGUGAAAAUACACCGCUUGUCUUCCGCUCCAUCCAGUCCUCUGACUCUGGAGAGUAUUACUGUACAGCUGAGAAUGAGCUGGGGAGGAGGACAUCUAGAUCUAUCUCUAUUGAUGUGAAAUAUGGUCCAAAGAUUACCUCUGUGUCAGUGAGUCCCUCUGGUGAAAUCAUGGAGGGCAGUUCAGUGACUCUGAACUGUAGCAGCGAUGCUAAUCCAGCAGCUAACUACACCUGGUACAAGGAGAAUGAAGACUCACCAAAAGCAUCAGGACAGAUCUUCACCAUCACUGAUGUUAGACCUGAACACAGUGGGAAUUAUUACUGUGAAGCCCAGAACAGCAGAGGACGUCAGAACUCCACCUUACAUCUGAUUGUUUGA